CAAAAUCUUUGUGGGAGAGGUCGUAAAAGUGACAAUUCUUCGGACGAGGAUGGCCGUGACUCAUCUAGUUCAAAAUCGCCUCCAUCCUCCCGAACGCCACUCAUGCCAACGUCGGCCAAGUCUGGGAAAGGAGCCAAGAAGAGCAGGGGUAGUGUACAAAGAACGUCUGUCUCGUCAGAUUCAAAGUCGGCUGGCAAAAAGGGUUCCGCGAAAAAUGUCAAAAAGGGAAGAAAAAGUCCCUCAACAGUUGUUGAAACCCUGCGAGACGAUGAUGACAAACCCCCAGAAGAUGGUUCCCAGGACACUGAAGGAGAAUCAAGUCCAGAGCCACAAAAUCUAAUGGGUUCAAGCACGGAAGUGGUGUGGCAGCCAGUUUUACACUGCAGCUUCGGAUCCCUGACCAAAGAGGAUCGAGAACAACUGACCGAAACACAGCGGAUGGUGAUUUUCGUCAGAAGGAACGGCACCGUCGUGAGUGACGACGUGGCAGCUUGGGAGGACGUAGAGCACGUCAUGACCCAAAGCAUUAUGAUCGGCGCGUUCAACAGCACGGCACUGGAGGCAUUUUACCUGCUUCUGGACAAGGUCGUUUCCCCGUUGUUGUUUCCCGCGACCUCAGAAAAGGGCAGCAAACAGCAUAGUUUGUUUUCAAAAGUGAAAGAUGAUACAGAGAGUUUGGUGCAAUACGUGAAAUCCGCAGUAAAAUUUAACGUUGAAAAAGAGGAAAAGGACAUCAUGGAAAAUAUAAAUUCCGGUGAGGAUGCUGGCAAGUACCGAGACGAGUUGUCAGAAAUAAUAGAUAGAUGGAUUUCGCAAAUCAAAAGUCACUUGGAUGAUGCAGUGAAGCGGCAACCGAAUGGAGAAGGACCAACUGUAGAGGUUGAGUGCUGGGCUGAGAAAGAAGUGGUGCUUUCGGGUCUAAAAUAUUCUCUAGAUGAGUCGAUAGAUCUAGAGAAGAUCUGCAGUUUUGCCAAAAAAGCGAGUCUGGAAAAACUAGGAGAGCUUGAGCACGAAAUCGCGCGGGUUGGAUCCCUUUUGAUAGAAGCGAGGGCGGUUACGAGAAGCUGCGAGCCUCUGAUCAUUUACUUCCAGGAUUUGGAAGGAUGCGCCUCAUUGUCUAAAGCAUCAGAAAUUUUGCCUUGCCUGAUCAAUGGGCUCUACUUUCUGUGGAUUUUGUGCUCACCCUAUUGCCAAGACGACAGGAUGGAGGGGAUGCUGCAAAGAAUUGCGUGGCUCUUGUGCAACAAAGUGGCGCAAAUCCUUAAUAUGGACACAUUUUUUAAGGAGGGAGAUACAAGAGCCCUUUCCAAGGCAAAAGAAGGAGCGCAUUUGAUGGAAUUGUGGAAGGAAUUAUACUUCCAAACGAGAAGGACUAUCGAGAAAGCGGGACACGCAAACACAUGGGAGUUUGACUUGCGAAAGCUUUUUGGUGACAGUGAGUAUAUCAGAGCUGUCUGCAUCGACCUCACCGAAAUAUGCAAAGUGCUAAUUCACUUCAGAGCUAUUUUAAACGUGGAGCUGAAGUCGGUGAUCUCAAACCAAACCAUGGUCGACGUUUUGCUCAAGCAAGUGACCCUCUUGAUAGCACCCAUCCAACAAGACGCAGAUUUUGAGGUGUUUCUCGCUGUGAACGCAGACAGUUGGCGUUCCUUCAUGAACCAUUUUAGGAGAAACGUCUUAAGCCUCGAACAGAGCGUCUGUGCUUUUCUCGAUGAAAGCAUCACAAGAGGCAAUCUCAGUUCGUCAGAAAAAACUCUUGCACUCUUACUGAACCUUCGUUCAGCGGAAACAAGAAAAGCGGUUCACGAUCUUAUCGAGUUGAAGUUUGAAGUUGCGAUUCGCGAACUCCUGGAUGAAGUGCACGCCACAAGGAAAACGUUCCUCAACAGCAAGGACGUGCCACCUCUUCUGCGCAACCAGCCACUAAACGCCGGUGCUAUUUACUGGAGUCGCAACCUCUUUUUGCUCCUGAAAAAGUCUGUGGCACGAUUCAAACAGCACGAGGAGUUGCAGGGACACGCCAUGCUAAAGGAGGCUUUCGCGCAGUAUGUGCAGCUCGUGCGGCAAAUCAAAGUGUACCAAAACGAGCACUACUUGCACUGGACCAACAAGGCGGAGAGAAUCAUUAAAAACACGAUGGAUUCUAAUCUGAUCAAGAUUACGAAAAAGAGAGAAGAAAAGAAGCAAAGAACCACAGCGGUGGAGCGGAGGCUUGGAAGUAUGUUUGCGUCAUCGGACGGUGGUGGACAGUCGGCAUCGGAUGCGUCUUCAAGACUGAUGCUCCGGCCAGUGCUAGCCAGUCUUCGGUGGGUGGCGCGAGCUGUGGCCGCACGAAAAAGAGCAUCAGUCUCCUCUGACUACGGUCUGGUCCUCCCGCACAUAGGUCUAGAGCCUUCCGACGCAUCCGUGCCUAGUCUUGGUCUGCAGUACGAGGUCUGCAUUGGAGAUGACCUGUUCCUCAUUCUGUCGGAGGCAGAGAUGAUAGAGGACAUUGGCUACAAAAUCACGCCUGUGAUUCGGAAUGUUGCGAUACAAAGGGGGCUUUACGAGAAAAUCGUCAGAAGUGUCAGGGAGAGCAUCACAAGCAUAAACAACAUGUUGUCCCAACUGGACGUGGCACAGAUUUCAUUGCUGCAGUUUCCGCUGAAGAAGCUGGAGCGAGUGAUUGAGCCAGGCAUUUAUCGUCUUAAAUGGAUAUCUCAGAGUUUAGUUGAAUAUAGUGAGUCUCUGGAGAGAGCAGUGCAAGUUUUCAGCGCCUCUUAUAAACAAUUUAUGCUCUGUUCGAAUAAUGCGCAGCGACAAGUUCACCUGAUUCAGUCGUUCAAUCUCUUUUACGUGCAGAAUAUGGAUGGUGUUGUGCCUUGGAACGAGUUUUUCAAAAGAGCGUCGAUGAGCAGAGACAACAGUGUUAAAGAGAUGCUGCUGGGGUAUGAAAAUCUUUCAAAGAUUUUGGUUGACCUGGAGUACCUCCUGGACAAAACCCAAUCAGGAAAAAAGGAGUGCAUGACCAAAUAUUAUUUGCAUUGGGAGCAACUAUUUUUCGAAGCACUGCUAAAGGCAAUUAUAGGCAGCUUGAUUUACUUCUCGAAAGCCUUGUCUGGCAACGUGGUGAUGCUACAGAUCGAUUUUUCGCUCGUUAACAAUGAUUUGCGUCUUGAACCGCUACCCGCAGAAGCAUAUUCCGUUUUGAUGUCAAGUGCCAAGGAAGUGGUUCUGACCUCUGGCAAUUUUCAUCGUUGGGCUGACGGAACGUGCAUUUGGUCGACCGAAUCCACCUUUCUAGACGAUGUCGCCAAAGUGGAAAAAGUAAAAGAUGAGUACGCUAACAUGAAAGUUAUAGCGGAAGAUGUCCUUAUCAAAGUCAAGCAAAAACUCUAUUCAUGGAAGAAGUAUUCAAUUUUGUGGAGCUACGACAAAGUGACCACAUGUCAGAAGUUCUCCGCAAAAUCACCAACAAUGGUUGAACGUGAUGAAAAACUAGCUUACUUUACGUCCAUAGUGAGCACUAUGGAAACAGCAACAAAGCACAUGGACAUUGGCUGCGUCAGGGUUAAUUUGGGACCGCUUGUCGAAAAGAUUGCGGAGCACGCUGCCGAGUGGAGGUGGCAUUUGGCUCAGAACAUAAUUUCUACGUCGAAAAAGGAGAUGAAACAGUAUUUGUGGUCAAUGUGGACUUUGCAGGCUGAAUUGGAACAGCAGGUGAAAGAAAACGACCCAGAGACAUUGAGAGAAGUGAUAGAAACCAUCGUCAAGAUCAGAAAUAACAAUACAGAUCGAGAAGUUCAGGCAUAUUUCAUUCGAGAAAAUUAUCGGACUAUCUCUGCACACAACAUCCAGGUGGAUGCUCAAGACCUCUGCAUGUCAGGCGCUUUGUGGUCCAUGUGGCAAGAAUUAUUUGAAGCGUCUAAGAAAACAGCCGAUAAACUUUCUGGCAUUCGCAAGCACUACUCAGAUAUAACCCUCAAAGCAGCAGAGGACUUUUCUAAAAAUUGCACAGAACUUGAAGAGAGUUUUCGCAAAUCAGGUCCAGGAUGCGUAGGAAAGGACUUGGCGAGUGGAGAACUGCUCAUGGAAAAAUACAAAAACGAGCUUGAUGAGUUAGAGGAGAGAAAAUUAAAACUGACAGCAGAUGAAUACCUGUUUGACCUGCCCCUCUCAGACUUUUCAAAAAUGAAAGAUAUUCAGAAAAGAAUGGCUUGCUUGCAUGAGGUUUAUGAGCUGUUCAACCAGUUGAAGAGCACGAAGGCGAAGUGGUCUUCGACUUUGUGGGUUGACAUUUCACCAGGAGCAUUCUCGGAAGGAAUAAAAGAAUUUGACGCAAAGUUUGCAUCUUUAUCCUCGCAAGCCCAAAGUGAAGAGGUUGCCUUUCAUGUUAAGGAAGAAAUUAACAGCUUUAAAAGUUCCAUACCACUGUUUGAAGAGUUAAAAUGCGAUGCUUUAAGAGAAAGGCACUGGCGCAGUCUAAUGUUGGAAACGGGCAACAGCUUCAAUACGGCUGCGGAUCGGCUUAGUUUGCAAAAUUUGUUUGACAUGCAACUGCACCUCCAUGAAAAAGCAACAAGACAAAUAUUACUCCAAGCAAAGGAGGAGUCAAAAAUCGAGACAUUGUUGGAGACGAUGCAGAAAACCUGGCAGCAACAGGAUUGCAGAGUCAUGAAACUCAUAUUUAGGGGCGAAGAUUUUGGUCUUCUUUUAGGAUCUUUUGAUGCCAUACUCGAUAAAUUAAAGGCUGACCAAUUAAAACUACAUUUUCUGUCAACUUCAAUUUUCGUCAAACCGUUUCUGGACCAAGUGCGCUUUUGGGAGGAAACCUUAUCAAAAAUUGAGGAAUGCAUCGAUCUUUGGACUCGAAUCCACAAAAACUGGACCAAUCUUGUGGUUCUCUUUUCAAAAGCAGAAAUCGCUAUUCAUCUGACUGAAGCUGCUCAGAAGAGAUUCAAUUUGUGCCGAAAUACGCACCACAAAAUGUUGAAAAAUAUUGCACAAAAACCACAAAUAAUAUCAACAUUUUGCACUAAUUGUUAUUUGAAUGAAGUGCGAAAUUUGUCGGUUAAUCUUGAAGAGUGUCAGUUGGACCUCCGCGAAUAUCUGUUCAUGAAAAGGCAAAUAUUUCCAAGACUAUACUUCAUCAACGACUGCGACUUAACAUCAAUUUUGGCAAGCGUGCCUCCUGAUUGCUUCAACAGGAUAGCAACGAUGAAAAAUUCCUAUCCAUUCAUUUCACAAAUACACGUACACGAGCGAGAAGAAGAGGAAGGAUACGAGGCUUAUGGUUUCACGUCGCUGCACGGCGAGUACAUCAGUUUCGACAAACCACUUAUAUUUGAAGAGGAGCAAACCACCGAGCUUUUGUGCAAACUGGACGCCGUUAUUAAAGAAGCAGUGCGAAAUCACAUUCAAAUCAGCGUUUCCCACGUGCAAUCGUUUGCACCGGACGAUAUUUUGAAAUGCCCUUCAAAUUUUUAUCAACCCGCCUUGUACGUUUAUUGGUCAAAAGAAGUCGAAGCAAGACUCUCGCUCCUCGGGGAAGGAGACAUCAAGGCGCUGCGCCGAUUUAUGAUAGAAGCCAAUGAUGGACUUAUGAAAAUCAUGGAAAAACUCAAAGAGCACGGAGGAAGCUGCGUCCAAAAGAUGAAACUCACGUCGGCGUUCACUCUAGUUACGUAUUUUAAGGACGUAAUGGAACAGCUUGUGCAUAGCGGAGUUGUCCACAAAGAGGAAUUCUUGUGGGAUUCAAAAUUGAGAUUCUACUACCAAAAGGAACGCGGCCUGAACAUCAGACAGGCGUUUUGUGAUCUUGAAUAUGGCUACGAGUUUACAGGUUUGGGAGACACACCGAUAAGCACUCCAGAAUCGGACAAUGUCAUACUGAUUAUCACACAGACGCUCAGCCUCCAGAUGGGUGUACUUAUAUGUGGGCAUGCAGGUACUGGAAAGAGUGAAAUUAUCCGCGAUCUUGCGCGGACCCUAGGCCGCCACUUGGUCACACUGGACUGUACCAACGCUACACCUUGGCCGAGUGUCGCCCAUCUCCUUGCUGGGGUGGCCCAAAGUGGAUUUUGGGGGUGUCUCAAGCAACUGGACUCGCUCGCACCAUCCAGUAUGUCCGUGAUAGCGUCCCAAUUGCAAACUUUAAAGACGGCAUUGGUCAUGAAAUUACGUACUUUCAACUUCAACGCUACAGAGGUGACGCUCGAUAGUUCAAUGGCAAUUUUCGCGACUCUCCGUCCCGGACAGUUUGGGAGAACCGAGCUGCCUUCUUCGCUGAAAGCCCUAUUUCGCCCCGCAGCAUGCUCUACGCCCAAUUUGCACACAAUCUGCUCGGUGAAACUGCAGCUUUUUAUGUUCGUGCAGUACAAAAAACUGGCCAGUAAGAUUACGAAAUUCUGCGAGUUGUGUUCCGACAAACUGUCCAAGCAGAAGCACUACGAAUUUGGUUUGCUUCAGCUUUCCACAAUUCUCUGCAAUCUCGAAAAAUUGUUGGUGACAGAAUCAAUUAACGAGGACAACGAAGAGCGGAUUGUAUUCACUGCAGUGCAAAACAACACUGUCCACAAAUUGUGCGCAGAAGACGUGAAUAUUUACAAGGAAAUCGUGAAAGAUGUGUUCCCGAGAACUGGCGAAUUGCAAAUAGAAUCCGAAUAUUUCUCGUUAGUACGCCAAGUUAUUGAUGCCCAAGGGUGGCAAGUCAUCGAGUCUCAGAUUGAAAAAACCGUUUAUUUGCUGGAGGCCUUGCGAAACAGUAAUAGCGCUCUUAUCCUCGGCGAAAGUGGAGUGGGCAAGUCGGUAAUAGUAAAAAUUGCGCUGAAGGUGCUUAAAGAUAAAGUUCCCGUGUUUGUCAGUCCAAAAGCGAUCAGUUCGGUCGAAUUUUUCGGUCACGUUCAAAGCGAUAAAUACAGCGAUGGUCUCUUCCCGCACCUUUUCAAAGCAGCAUGUGAGGCUCGUGCAAAGUCCGUUUUUGUGUUUGAUUCGCAAGUGGACUCGACUUGGAUUGGCUGUAUGGAUUCUGUUCUCGACAUCCACCAAUGUGUCACUCUAUUGAAUGGGGACAAACUGUUUUACGAUAGAGGAAAUCUCUCAUUUAUAUUCGAAUCUGGAAAUUUCAGCUCUGCAUCGCCAAGCAUAUUACCCAGAUCGCCAAUAAUUUAUGUCAAUAAAGUCACGGACCUGCAUCACGCAAUUUGGGCUACGGGAAUCAAUGCGAAAUUUCAGAGCAUAUCCAGUGAACUCGAUGCAUUGUACCAAACAUACGUUCCUCAUAUUUUAAAACAAAUGGCUCUUGAUAACGUAGAAACAAUUGUUCCCUUCAGUGAAAUCAAUGCGUUGAACCAGCUUCUGGAUGUGCUGCAUGUUUUGGAAGCUGACCACGUAAAAAAUUUGAAGCACAUUUUCCUGCAAGCGCUUUAUUUAUCCAUUGGCUCGCACAUAGUACGUGCGCACGACAGAGAUAAAUUUGAUGCCUUAUUAAAAGAAAAGACAAAGAAUAAUGGAAAAUCGCCAACUGGAGAUCUUUUGCCCGAAACAAGUUUGUUUGAGUUUCUGUGGGACGACGCAACAGGACGCUGGACAAAGUGGAAAGAAGAAUCCACAGAUGACGCUAAGAGGGGCAUGAUUUCAACGCCUUUGACCGCAUUUCAUCAUUGGCUCAUGAAUAAAUUUUGUGAAAGGAACUUCAGAGAUCUCGUUUUCAGAGAGAUAAAACGGCCACUGGUCUUGAUUGGAUGUGAGGGAUCUUCAAAAACGUUGAUGAUACAAUCUUUCAUAGAAAAGCUCAACCCGUUGAUAUUUCUUGGGCAAAGGUUCAAUUUUUCGCUGCAAACAACAGCACGAGAUGUGCGGAAUGCCAUAAAAUCUGUCAUGCAUAAAAGGACACAGAACAUCAUGCAACCAGAAGAGCAAAAGAAGCUGAUUUUGUUUCUUGAUGACUUGAACAUGCCAACAUGCGACCAAUUUGGCUCACAAGAAUCUAUAGAAUUUUUAAGGGUUCUUUUCCAAGAGGGAGGACUUUAUUGCGAUGGACCGGAUUAUGAUUGGGUGGAACUUAAAGAAAUAGGGUUUAUUGGAUCCAUUACGAGUGACACGAUGACUCCCGCAAAACUGGACCCAAGAUUUAUAGCCAAAUUGAAUUUGAUUUACACGCCCAAGCUCACCGACAAGCUGCUUCAUUUCAUAUACUCAAGAAUAUUAAGCGAACAUUUGCAACAUUUCACUACAGAAGUCAAACAGCUAUCUGAAGAUGUAGUCCGCCAGUUUACAUUUGUUCAAGGCAUUCAAGAGCCAAAGCCUCUAUACCUUUAUCUGAUUUACACCCUUGUCCAGGUUUUGAAUCACACUCUGCCUCCAACUCCUGCCAGGUGGAUGUGCCACAUUGGCGUUAGAGACUUGACCAGCCUCUUUGGGGGUUUGUGCCAAACGAAACCUCUGAAUUUCACCAAGCCAGAAACAUUCGUCCGAGCGUGGCGCCACGAAGUUAACAGAGUAUUUUAUGACCGUCUUGAAACAAGCGAGGACCAAAAACUGAUUGAAAAGCUUAUUGAAAAUGCCAUCAAACACUACUUUGAGCCAUUUGAGGCACACACACUGAGAGAUCCUGUCUUGUUUGGAGAUUUCCGCAACGCACUCACUCAAAGCGAGGAGAAGCGCUGUUACGAAGAUUUGCUCGACUUUGAAGCCGUCUUCUUUCUUUUUCAGGAGGUUCUUGAAGAGUACAACAAACAGGAGAGGGAACAGAAAUUGGACAUUGUCCUCUUUGACAGCGCUCUCGAGCACCUCUCUCGUCUGCACCGCGUCCUCAGGAUGCGCAGAGGCCACGCCGUGCUGAUCGGCGAGCCAGGCACAGGUCGCAAGUCUAUUUUCACGUUGGCAGCCACCGCGGCGCACUACGAGACCUUCCGGCUACCUUUUGCCGUGGACGCGGUUGAAAAAGCUGUCAAGCACAUGUACAGAUUGAUGGGCGUGGAGAAGACGGAUGUCGUCCUGUUUGUGUCGGACGCCGAUUUAAAGCAACCAGGAAUUUCCGAGAUUAUUUACCACGCGAUUUCGAACGGUUGGAUUCCUGGACUUUUUGACGAAUCAGAAAAGGACGAAAUCAUCCAGCGCAUUGGGAAAGAUAAAGAAUCGUCCGACAAGACCUGGUCGACUUUCCAGAAAGACUGCGUUUCGCGACUCCACGUCGUGCUGAGCAUGCAAAGGGAAACGCUCCUAUCGCUGACGCAGGAGUACCCCGAGUUUUUGACCUUCACCAUGCUAGACUGGUACAGGCCUUGGAACGAGAAUGCACUUCAAAAAGUGGCCAAAUACCACAUAUCAAACGUCGAGUUAAUACCAGAAAACAGAAAAGCAGCCGUCCUAAGCCACGUGUGGUCGACACACACGAUGGCACAUGAAAUGUACCAUCAAAGCAGCACAACUGAAGCUAGUAACUGCUCACCUAAACUCUACGUGGAUUUCAUCAAAUUGUUCCUUCGACUCCUGCACAGAUAUUCAAGAGAAAUCGAAACCAAAUUCCAUGAGCUACAAACAGCGUUGGCGAAGCUUAAAGUUGCAAACGAUGCAGUUUUGAAGUUGACUAAACGUCUUGAAGAAAAGUCAAAGCAGCUUGAUGAAAACAGAUCAGCAUUAGGCCAACUACUUAAUCAAAUUCUAGAAGUCAAUGAGUUAAAGGAAAAGAAAAUCCACCUUCACUCCGAGUGGGAUCGAGGGAUUGAGCGCCAAAUCAGAAUUAUUGCAUCUGAGCGAAUACAAGUGCAAAGAAUCUUGGACUGUGCACUCCCUGAAUUGAGUGCAGCUAAGCAGGCCAUGCAAAAUAUUAAACAGGAGCAGUUAGAAAACCUAAGAAGUUUUCUGGAUGAGCCUUUGGAGAGUUUUAAAACACUUUGUGACAGCGUUUUCUUGCUCCAAAGUGAAAAAAUUUCCACAGUCCAAGAGUUAAAAGAAAUAUUUAGUGACACAGAGGGAAUCAACAAGCUGGCUUUGAUGGACUGCGAAAACAUUUCCCAUUCAACGUGUAGAAAAGUCAAAGUGAAACUAAAGAAGUGUGGCAAUUUGGAGGAGCUAUUUGUAAAAUGCCCAGUGACCAAGACAAUAGCGGAAUUCGUGAAUGCUGUCUUGCAUUACUGCAACGUUUUACGCGAAGUUAAGCCAAAAUUAGAGCAGAUUGCGUCAAGCAAAGCGGAGCUAGCGGAGUCAGAGAAAAGGUCUUCAACCUUCAGGAAGGAAGUCGAGGAGGUGGAAGAGAGACUGCGAGUUCUGGAAGGGGAAAGGGCGAGCAUGGAGCAAAAACUAAACGCGUCCCAUAACGCUGCGGAGGAAAUACGAUCGCAUCUGAAUCGCACCCAAAGUUUAUUUUCCAGUUUGGAAAUCGAAAGAACCAAAAUGGAAUCCAACAUGGAGCAGUCGCGCGAAGAAGCAUCAAAAUUGAUUGGCGACUGUCUGUUGACGGCAGCAUUUGUCAGCUAUUGUGGGCCCCUAAGUCCCCUGGGGCCACGCAAGGACCUCGUGCAUAACUGGGCUCGUAAUCUUACAACCAUAAAUAUUUUGUACAGUGAUAAUUUCACGCCGGAAAAGUACUUGGAUCUCCGAGACAUCAAAGAAAACAGGAAUCGAUUUGUUGAAUGGGACGAAAUGGACGAUGCUACCUUGCACAAUUUGCUGCUAGUAUUUUGCGCUGUCCGCGCCCCUUUGUGCAUCGAUCCACAGCAGCAGGCGGCAGAAUGGAUAAAAGCUGCGGAGAAGGACCUGGUGCUGGCAUCAGCAUUUGACUGCGACUUAGUCGAGAAGGUCGAGGGUGCGAUGGUAGCUGGCAAGCCUGUCCUGCUUCAGGACGUGAGCCACUCGAUCAGCUCGGCUUUGUUUGACCUGCUGGACAAAAUAUACUCGGAAAAUGGCACCGCAAGGACGGUAAAAAUAGGCGACAAUGCCGUGCAGCUUAAUACCAAAUUUCGAAUCUACUUCAACACCCGAGAGGCGAAUUCUAAAUUAGACGCUGACGUGUUUUCAAAAACCACUGUCAUCGAUUGCACAAUGACUGCCCAAGCUUUGGAAGAAGUUUUGGCCAAGGACGUGAUAAAAGUGAAAAAUGCUGAGAGAUUUGAGAAAAGACGGUGCUACAAACUGCAAAGGGAAGCGCUGAAGAGAAAGUUGAGUGAAUUGCACGUGCAGCUGGUCCAGAGUUUGGUCAGAUCGACUGACACAAUAAUUUUGGACGAUCAGCACUUACUCUCAGCCCUCGAGGAGACCAAGAGAGAGAUAGAUAAAGCGUCGGCCGAAGAGAAAAUUUUGCUGUCCGCUCACGGCCAACUGGACAGCGUGUGUGACGAGUUCAGCGCUAUUGCACGCAGAUCUGCAAUUCUGUUCUCCGUUCUGGCCGACCUGGCGCACAUGGGCGCAACUUAUCUGUUCUCCCUGACGACCUUUCGCGAACUAAUGACCUCCUCGCUCGCCGAGGCGGACGCCAAAGAAAAGGACGGACAAAGCGCCAACGUAGCGGACAUAAUCACGAUGAACGUCCACAGCUUCACUUGCAGAAGUCUUUUUGCAGAACACCAAUUGCCAUUCACGUUGGCACUGAUUUUGCGCAUUCAGCUGAGCAACGGUGAAAUCUCAUCUGAUGAAGUGCGUAGCUUUUUGAGUUUGUCAGAGGAAUCACAAGAAGUGUCACCUUCAUGGAUGUCAAAUGAGAAAAACCUGAAAUUUCAGGCCUAUUCGGCUGUUACGGAGUUGAAAGAAAAAUUCCCAAAUGUUUUUGGUAGUUUACUGAAUGAUCUAAACUCAGAUGGUUGGAAAAGGUGGAUUGAUGAUGCUCGACCUGAAACGCGACCGAUUCCUCUGGAUUAUGCUGAAAGACUGUCUAAAAUCCAAAAAUUACUCCUCGUGAAAGCUCUGCGAUCUGACCGAGUAAUUCCAGCUUUGCUCGAUUACAUAGCAGAUAUUUUUGGGCCGCAUUUUAUCACACCAAUCAUACCCAGCAUGCGUUCGUUGCUAAGCGAAAGCACAGCAAAAGUGCCGAUCAUCUUCAUUGUAAGCGGUGGCGGCGUCGACCCCAGCAUGGAGUUGCAUCGCCUCUCCAGGCAAAUGGGCCUCGACCGGGGUCAGUUCGUCUCUUUAGCCCUUGGAAAGGGUUCUGAAAAGAACGCGAUGGCUGCCUUGGAAAACGCGAUUCGGCGCGGCCAGUGGCUUCUCUUGGUCAACUGUCACUUGGUGCCGAAUCUGCCGGCGCUGGUGUGGUGCCAACUGGACCAAAGCUCACCACACGAGAAAUUCCGAUUGUGGAUAACUACGGACCGGUCCACCGAACUGCCGCCAAUCCUGCUGCACAACGCGCUGAAAGUCGUGUUGGAGACGCCGAGAGGGCUGAAGCUCAAGCUGAACAGCACUUUCAGGAAAAUUGAGCCAGAAGUAAUGGGCAAAAGCAAGCACUCAGACUUUGGAAAGAUCCUUUACGCUCUUGCACAUUUCCAUGCAACAAUCCAGGAACGAGGCGAGUUCAAAAACGUCGGCUGGAAUUUAAAAUAUAUCUUCGCCAAGCCCGAUUUCGACGCCUGUGCCGCUUUUCUUGGCAAGUUUCUGGCCGCGGCUCCCGUGAGGAAAAUUCCCUGGGAGAGCAUUCAGGUUUUCAUGGAGAAGGUGGUUUACGGCGCGCACAUGACAGACGCAUACGAUUUGCGGGUGGUACGCACGUACCUGCAGGAAUUUUGCGGCGCGCACAUUUUCGCGCCGAAAUUUGCUUUCUACCAAGACGAAAACAUCACUUACGGCCUUCCCAGCAUUCAAAACCUGUUCGGAAUCCUCGCUUAUGUACAAAAUUUGCCACUGAAUUACAGUCCCGUUGUUUUGGGACUGCACAGCAACGCUGACGUGGAGCACAACAAGCAAAGUUUGAAGAGCUUGGUCAUGAAUUUGGCUAAAUUGCAGCCACAGCCAAUUUUAAGAGAAGAUGUGUUAGCUCAUCAAACAGAGCUGGUGCGAGCCACGCAGCGAAUCCGGCAGUUGGUGCCAGAAAACGUAGACCCUGCGAGGAUCAAGCGAGCUGCCAAGUGCAUGUGCGCUUUGGAAAACUUUGUUGCGCAGGAAAUCGGCAUUUUCAACCACCUGCUCGACUUUAUUAGAUUCACUCUCGACGCGCUUGAAAAUGCAAUGAAAGGUAAAGGAAAGCUGACACGCGAACUAAAAGAAUCACAGGCUGCCAUCAUGGAAAACCAGGUGCCGGAACAGUGGAAGGCACUCGGCCCACCUUGCAACAAAAAACUGGCGCCUUGGCUUAAACACUUGCAACGCAGAUUCCAGCAGUAUUACGACUGGGUGAUGAAGCACGAACCUCUGGUUGCCUGGCUGCCUGGUCUGUCUAAUCCGCGCUCUUACUUGCUGUCAAUUCUCCAAAUGGCUUGCAGAAAGUACCACUGGCCGAUCGAACAAGCUGGUUUAGAGGCAGUGGUUACAAAAACUAAACACCUUCCAGCUCUCAAAGACGGAACUUAUGUAAAAGGAAUUUACAUACAGCACGGAGGCUGGGACGCGGAAAAGCAGUGUUUGCAGCCAGCAGAAGUGUGCGUGCUGUCACAGUCAUUGCCUGUACUGCAAAUCACGGCUGUCAAAAACACUCCAGAGCCACAUGGGCAUCAGAUUCGGAUGCCGCUGUAUUUCACCAGCUCGCACACUACCCACACAAUUUGGGAAUUUGACCUUCCAUGCAGUGAACACCCAAGUACGUUUAUCCUCCAUGGAACUAAGCUUGUUCUCAGCAAAGAGUAAGAAAAAACGUGUGUCGAUUUUCUAUUUUCUAUGAUUAAAGCGUGAAUAAAAAAUAGAUCUUAAGACAAGCAACUUUA